CCACUUUUUUUUUUUACCGUCCUGGAUGAAUUGCACAGCAGUGGUUAUUUCUUCGUGCUGUGUUGAGAGAAGUAGGAAAUAGUUUUAUAUUUAGCAGGAACGCCAAGCCGUAAACAUGGGGGAAACCAGAUUACCGCGUCAUAUGUUUUUAUGGAGUAUGGCAAUUAUUUACAUGUUUGCUUUUGCAUCCCUCUAUGUUCAGAUACCAGGUCUCUAUGGCAAUGAGGGGGUCCUGCCUGUGCGCCUGGUGGAGCCCCGUGUGGACGGCUCCAGACCAGUGUUGGAGCAGAUCCAUGCCCACCCCUCCCUGCUGUGGCUGGGGCCCCGGCUGGGUCUGGACCUGGACGCCCAGCAGGCAAUGGAGCUGCUCUGCCUGGCGGGGGCUCUCUUAGCCCUGGGAGCAGCCCUACUGGAGCCCCUCCGAGACAGCCUGGUGUUCUUCUGCCUCUGGGCCCUCUACCUCUCCCUCUGUCAGGUGGGUCAAGACUUUCUGCGUUUUCAGUGGGACAGUCUGCUGUUGGAGGCGGGCUUCCUGACCGUGCUCGUCGCGCCGCUCAACCUCCUGCGGUGGCGCUCGGCAUUCCGUCAGCAUGACGCCGUGACCUUCUGGCUGGUGCGCUGGCUCCUGUUCCGCCUCACCUUUGGCUCCGGGGUCGCCAAGCUGGCCAGCCACUGCCCCAGCUGGUGGGGGCUCACCGCGGUGAACCACAUGUUUGAGGCCCAAGGCAUCCCCCUGCCCUGGUCCUGGUUCAUCCAGCAGCUGCCAGACUGGUACCUGAAGCUGGGGACUGUCAGUCUGUUGGUGACCGAGAUCGCUGUGCCCCCCCUCUACUUCGCCCCCAUCCGCCACCUCAGACUGGCAGCCUUCUACAUUCAGGCAGUGUACCAGGUGAAGUUAAUGUUCGUGGGGAACUAUGGCUUCCUCCCCUUCCUCUCCCUGGCUCUGACUUUCUCCCUGUUGGACGACGACCAUAUCAGCUACUGGCUGGGCCACGCCAAGAAGAAGAGCGCCAAGACCUGGCACCAAACCAUAAUGUCAUUGGUGUUGCUGGCUGUAUUUGCUGCCAUCAUCUAUGGGACUAAAGUGUUCUUCACACUGGAAAUGGACUGGGAGGCCAAGACCAUGACCUCUAAAACCGCCUUCACCCAGCAGCAGUUUGACAAUUGGUUGAAGCUUGUGACAGGACCCACUAUCUGGGUAGGAGUUCUCUCUCUCACCUGGGAGGUGGUGGCAGCCAUGCUGGGGUGUGUGUGUGUUAGAGGGUGUCUCUGGAAGCUCUGGGGUCUUGUCCAAUGGGCUGUCAUUGUCUCUGCUGCAGUCGCCGUGUUUGCUAUCAGUGUGGUGCCCUACUCGUCCAUGGAACAGGUGUACAGCAGUAAGAUCCUCCCGGAGGUGAGACAGGCCUACAGCCUAGUGGAGCGCUAUAGACUGGUCAGUGCCUACAGCCUGGACAGCAGGGUGGACGGGAGGUCAGAGGUCGUCCUCGAGGGCAGCAUGGACAAGAAUACCUGGACGGAGAUAGAGUUCAUGUACAAGCCGGGAAAUGUGGGCGUGGCCCCUCCAGUGGUGGCCCCCCACCAGCCACGGUUAGACUGGCAGAUGAGCCAGGCAGCCCACGGACUGGCCGAACAGAGCCCCUGGUUCACAAGCCUAGUGCACUGCCUACUGCAGGGCAAUAAGGAUGUGGUGAGACUGAUCCAGACAGACUCAGCCCAAUACCCAUUCAGCCAGGCCCCCCCGGUCUACCUCCGAGCCAGCCUCUACCAGUACUGGUUCACCCAGACCGCACAGGACUGGUCUGGUCCUAAAGAGUGGUGGAGGAGAGACUAUUCAGAGGAGUUCUAUCCUGCAGUGCAGCUGGGUGACCCUACCCUGGAGGCCAUGCUCAACCAGCACGGACUCAAGGAGACGUUCCCGAUUCAGCCCAGUCCUGACUCUCCUCUGGCCCAGGCUCUGAAGCAGGUACGGGGCCACGUUCAGACUCUACCCGGCCACCUGGUGCUCUGGUCCCUCCUGGCCACUGUCGCCACCAUCUGGCUCUUCAAAACCCUGCUCUCCGGGGUCCUGGGGGGCCGAAAGGCUAAACCCACUCCGGCCGAACCCAAGGCCAAGAAGGCGAAGGCCCAACCAGCAGCGAAAAAUGCCUCUGCCUCCAGUCUCAAAGCAGGGAGGGAGAAUUCUGAGGAGAGUAGACGGGAUGCUGACAAGAGCCCUAAGAAGAGGAAGUGAUGUGGGACUGCUGCCGUGGGACUUCCUGUUACGUUCUUGUUGUUGCCCCUUGUCUUGGGAUGGAGGGCGGAGAGAAGGGGUGUUACCUACAUGUAAAUCUCAGGUGUUUCUACAGUAACUACCAAUCCGACCAGCUCUUUCUACAGUAACUACCAAUCCGACCAGCUCUUUCUACAGUAACUACCAAUCCGACCAGCUCUUUCUACAGUAACUACCAAUCCGACCAGCUCUGUGACUCGGAGAUCACCACCGUGGCCUUGUAUUCAGUCAGUUCUCAUCUCUCUCACUCACUCACUCACUCACUCACUCACUCACUCACUCACACCCAUAUAUUGCACAUACACAAGCAAAAGCGUCUAUUUUCUCUGUGCCUCCUUCCGUCACCAUAUUCUCAGGUCCCCCUAGGGAUGAGUCUUUAGACAUGCCUACGGGCGAGUCCCUGGCAUCACAGUACAGUGCUGCUUUGUUAUGAGCUGUUUUUGAGCUUUGCCAUCUGUUCUUCAGGGAACACUUUAUCUGAAUUCUGGGAAUGCAUUCAUCCAUUUUAACGGUUGUUGUCCAACAGUUUUAAUCUUGUGCUAUAUCUUUAAUAUGAUAUUCAGGCUGGGUGCAGUUAUUGUACCCCAGUGAACCAUUUCAUGGACUGCAUCAGACUUUUUUUAUUUUUUAUUUGAAGUUGUCAAGUGGUUCCAUGUAAUGAAAUCUAUACCCGGGCCCUCUAUCCCGACCACGAGAAACUGUAUAGCGACAGCAUCAAGAAUACUGUAUUCUGAAAGCUUUGUCCUGCUAAACCUUUUGCCUUAGAAAUCUGUGGUUUGCUGUUCAAACGUCAAAAGCCCUUUGGUCACUUUUUUUUUUUACAGCUUAAAAUGCAUAACUGCUCCUAAUGAAAUCUGUAUAUUCCACAUCUGUGUAUAUUUGAUGUAGUAUUACUUAAGCUUAGUGUAUUAGGUUCAAGCACGGCUGCAAAAUUACUGGGCUCUUAAGGAGAAAUUCCAAGCCCUAGGGCACUAUUCAGUCUAUCGCUGAGGCGGUACAGAUUGUGUGACUAAAAUGUAAAGAUACUUUUUACUGGUCAGUGUUGAAUUAAAAAAAAAAAAAAAAUUAAAAUCUUAGCUGUAUAUUGAAACCGAACACUUAGAUUUGACAAACUACAGAUGGAAAAAGACAAACGUUCAGUGCUCGUCAGAAACUAGACUUUCGACCUUGUCAAAUCUAGUUGAAAAGGUGUGCUUGUCAAUACCAGGGAAAACUAAGAGGUCUGCAUGUUAUGUUAAAGGUCAACAACAACAACAAAAGGGACUGUGACUUGGAGCUUCAAACCCCGUUUUUAGAUUUAUGGGUUCAAUUAGUUUAGUGAUUUGACCUGGGCUGAUAGUUUCUAUAGGAACAGAGACCAAUGACCAGUAUGUGGUGCUCUUUGUUUCUGCAUUUUAUUCAUGACAAAUGUAUAGUGUGAAAGAGCCAGUGGCUCUCUGGUAAGGAUCUCACCAAUUUAAGUAUGGGGGGGGGUUAUAGGGUCAGCUCCUGAGUGGCUGUGUUGACACUCAGUAAUGGUUGGAAGGCGGGUACAUGUCAUGGGGGGUGAAUCCCUGGGGUCCCCUCCUAUGAAGAAACUCCUGGGGGAAAGGUGGGCACUUCGUUUUUACAUUUAUUUUCAUUUAUAGAGGACGUGCCCACUGACAGGAGUAUCUCCAUAAGCACGGCUCUUUGCUGUCUGUAAUCACAGAGGGAACCCCAAGAAUUUGCCCCCCUCUGCUUGUUAUCACACCCUUCUGCCAAUGCCACCUUUUAUGUGGCAGCCACUCCAAGUGGCCUUGACUCACUGACCUGCAGAGUCCUCAGCAGGCAACCGUGCCCCAGAGUUCAACCAUGUAAACCCAUGCGUACGGCGCGAGAUCCUAACGCUAGAGCCCUUCACCCUUACGCUUUGCUUCAUAAUUUGACAUUGAGAGUUCGGUUGAUAUGUAUAUUUGGCUGUGGUUAAAAGUUUUCUCGAGUGUGUUGGAUGAAUGGAAAGAUUUGCUCAAGCAUUGCUUCAAAUGUUUUAUCAACAACGACGGUUGCAUCUGGUUAUCUUCGUUUCAUACUAUUAAAGAUUUGAAAUUGUGGGUA